AAUUUAAGUCAGGUUUAAAAGGUUACUAGGAUCAAGUUUGUGACCUUUAUCAGUGCUGCGUUGACCGAUAGAUGACAUGGGAAAUAUAUUUCCAGUACUACGUGAAUUUAUUUCUUCUCGCAGCGAUUCGCAGAUGUGUUCCGUUGACCUGUGCAAUAGACGAAGACGAGUCCACUCUGUACACAUGUUACUGAAUGCAUCUAUAAAUAUAAAUAAAGUUACAUGCAACACCACCGUCACUAUACUGUCAGGCUAUACUGUAAAACAGAAGCUUCGUCACUCACACAAAGCGAAGCCAGAACAACAAAUACACACAUUAUCUAUCUGUCAUAAAGGUGAAAAUGAGGCCUUGAGGAUGCAUAAGUCCUUUUUGACUGUGGUCAUUUAGUGCCAACCAGAGAGAUUUAGAGCGAUGUUUAGAC